GCAUUUCCAAGGUUUUAGAGAGGAAUUAAGUAUUUAGUCAACUUUUAAUUCUGCUUUAUUUCCUCUGGUCAAAAUCCUUUGCCUUGGUCAAGAUACGACCUGUUGAACAGCUGGCAGGAGGAUCUUCAGGGACCAAGCAGCUGCGGGUAUACUCCGUUAAAGCUGACUAAAGAAUUGACUCACUGUGCUGGAACUAUGGAGUUUUCUAGCAGAAGAAAGAAGUACAACACCAACUCUCAGACAGAGCUCUACCUACAUCCUCUGCAGUUCUAUGGCCAGCCUCCUCUGGAAAACAUCUCUCUCUCUGAGUUUGAGGCAUUUGCUGUGGACAGACUGAAAUUGUUGAAGACAAUUGAGAAUUUGGGAGUGAGCCAAGUGAAACUGUCAGAGCAGUACACAAAAAAACUGGAGGCUGAGUUUAAAGCCCUGAACUUUCCUUACAGACCAGAUGCUGAUGACCGGAAAUCUAUUGGACCAACCGAAUACGAGAAACGAAGAAAGGACCAUAUCUCCCACUUCAUUCUCAGACUCGCCUACUGCCAAACGGAGGAUCUGAGACGGUGGUUUAUACAACAGGAAGUUGAUCUUUUCCGAUACCGCUUCAAUGAACUGGCAUCAAAACAAAAGCUUGAAUUUCUUCACAGAAAUAAUCUGCAAUACGACACUAUCAGUGUCGAGGAGAAGAAGGCUCUGCGUGAGAAACUUGUCAACUCCAGUUACGUCGUCAGUGGAAUCACUGUGGAGGAUCAGGACUUCUACAAGGUUCCAUUUCAAGAUGCCUUGGAUCUAGUGCGAACAAGGAAAGUGUACCUCAGAGCAGGCUACGUAUUCAUCCCUCACCAGGACAUUGUCACCAUUGUUCUCAACGAUUUCCGCACAAGGCUAUCUAAAGCUCUCGCAUUGACAGCCCGCUCGCUACCAGCAGUGCAUUCUGAUGAACGGCUCCAACCGCUCCUUAACCACCUCAGUCAUGCCUAUGUGGGACAGGAUUACAGCAUCCAGAAGAAUGUUGGAAAAAUCUCCCUGGAACAAAUUGAUUCACUUUCAGGGAAGUCAUUCCCUCUCUGCAUGAGGCAGCUCCACCAGUCCCUCAGAGAGAACCACCAUCUCCGCCAUGGGGGUCGCAUGCAGUACGGCCUGUUCCUCAAAGGCAUCGGCCUCUCUCUGGAGCAAGCGCUGCAGUUCUGGAGGUCAGAGUUCAUAAGAGGCAAAGUGGAUGCAGACAAGUUUGACAAAGCAUAUGCCUACAGCAUCCGCCACAUGUUUGGCAAAGAAGGCAAACGAACAGACUACACCCCCUACAGUUGCAUGAAGGUGAUUUUAUCAAACCCACCCAGCCAAGGAGACCAUCAUGGAUGUCCUUUCCGUCACAGUGAGCCAGAACUGCUGAAGCAGAAGCUUCAGUUCUACAAGGUGUCUCCCAGUGGGAUCAGUCAGAUCCUUGAGCUGGUUAAAGGGAUGCACUAUCAGCUGGCGUGCCAGAAGUACUUUGAGCUGACACACAAUAUUGAGGAUGCCAGUUUCUCGCUCAAUCACCCCAACCAGUACUUUAUAGAGAGCCAGAAAGUUUUGGGCGGAAGCAAGGACAUAAAGCGAGAGAUGGAUAUUCCACAGAGGUCCCAUGAAAACUCUGCCACCAGAGGAGCCAGCGCAGCUCCAGAGGCAGCAGCAAACGCCUCCCAGGAAUUGGAGGAACUGGACUCUUUCUUUCAAGAUGCCUGAAUGUUUUUUUAUAAUACAUAUCCGGAAGUUGGGGGUGGUAUAUAUUCUAACUGUAGUUGAGUAUUUUAGAAGUCCCUGUACAUGACGUUAUGAAUUAAAGUCCCAUAUCAGUAAUUUCUCCACGACUUGUUAGUCUGUUCUCAACAUAGCAGACUUUUCGUUAGCCCUGACUGGACAUUAUUCAAACUUCAACAUCAGACCAAAGCAGAGUUUUCUACCUUAAAUUUCUUUAUUAGUGACAGGCUGUCAUUAAUGUAGCUGUUUAGGUGAAGUGUCAAAGUAGUCUCAGUCAUGCUUUCCUUGUUUUCACUCUGUGCACUGAAACUGGCGUUGCUGAGUUAGUCCAGACCAGUGUUUUGGCAGGGACGUGGUUGUGGGGGUGAUGCCUAGAACGUUUCCCAGCUGUCUCAGAAACAAUGUCAUUGUAUUUGCUGGCAGGAGUGUGGAUGAAUGGUGGCAGGGGGAUGGAUGAAAAUAAACAAUUUCCACAGUUGUAUUAUGCCGCCUUGGAAUAUUGCCUCAUAGUGCACAAUGCAGUGUAUUCAAAGCAUACGUGGUCAGGAGAUAUUUCCUCUUUUCUCAGACUUCUGUCUGCAAUAAUUUGUGAAAGAUGGUUACUAUUGGAGAGUCAGGAAUCUUUCCACUGGUGUGGCGUCACAUGCGGCUCCUCUAAUCACAGUUCUUUGAAGUACUGUACAGUUGUGCGCUCUUAUCUCUACUUUCUAUAAGAUUACUAACUUUAGAUCUAAUUAGAGGCACGGAUCAGACAGCCCUGAAUUACAUGAAUACAAAUGUGUUUUCCAGGAGGCUAAGGGAAAUAUUGAAUGUACAAGUGAAAGUCCCCUUUUUAUAAUUUAAUGAUUGUGAAUUUUAAAUCAAAUUUGUAUCUCCCCAAAUGUGUCAAUUUUUUUGACUUAUGCACAUUUGCUCUGCAGGCUUUUCUGUUUGGAGACUUUUUGACACUCAUACCACAGUUCAUCGCCGUCUCAUGCUUGUACCGUCAGAGCUCCAACACGGCAUGCACCAGAGCUGCACAUCGCUGGAAUUAAAUUAGGUCUUAAAAUCCAAGCAUGGUGCUCAGCACAGAGAGGAUUUAUCCACUAUAAUAAGGCAACUGGAUAACAGUGCGCAGCUGGGCGGCUGUCAGCAAGACACCCUUGAUGUUUAAUAUAUAAUUGUGCAUGACUACGUUUGACAAAGCUGGCACUUUCUUAGACUGUGGGCAGGCGGUUGACUAUGACGGUGUUUAUCUCCAACGAAUGGAUUUACAAUCAUUAGUCAUGAACUUGCUUGCUUUCAUCAUGCUUUCUUCCCUUGCUCAUUACAUGGGCGAGAUAGGUGUUCUGGGGAUGGUGCAUUAUACGAAAGGGCAAGAAAUGUAUUCCAAGACCAAACAUUUGUUCCACGAGCAUGGAAGCUGACUUACAAGGUGAAUCUGUAUGCAGGGAUGUGCUGUGUAGCUGGAGCAAAGCUUUGUGAAUGUGAAGCAAUCUGGAGCUAGUAAAUGCUGCAAACAUAACGGGUCAUUUGCAUUGCAUCC